AAGCCAGUCUUUCUUCCUUAACUGAUGAUGAGGAGAAGGAUGCUUUUUGCUGUAAAAAUGGAAUUGAGAAGACCAUGCAGGCAGUUUAUGCACAGUAAAAGGCAGAACAUCCAACCGGGGAUGUGGACACUGAUUUGUACAGAGCAUUGCAAGAUCUUAGAUAUGCUGUGGAAAAGAUCAAGACAAAACUUGAACAGAAAGCAAACUACUCUUGGCUAAGUAAUGACCUUUUGAAGUCUCAGAAUUCUGAUGUUCUUUGGGCUGUUUCCUCACUUUAAAGAAAUUAUGCAGCAAAAUUGGAAAAGUCAGAGAAAUGUAAACAAGAUUUAUCAGCCGAAAUUCUGUUGGAGGAGCAGCAUGGCAAGGAGCUUAUCAAGAUUUUCAAAGGACUGAUUCCUAAUACAAAGAACUCUGCUGUUGAAAAAGAAAAACCAACUCAAAUGAGAGAGAGAAGUAAUGACGGACAGAGGAUGUCCAAGAGGUUGAUUGAGGAGGCAGAGAAAUAUAUUGAGGACCUCAUUUCAAAUGUUGAAGAUACUGAUAUUUCCUCCUUAGAUGGAGAAAGGAGUGACACCAGUUCAAGUUUAGGAGGAAUUACAGACACCAACUUUCCUGGCCGGACAAAUCAUGUGCUGCCACUAAUUGCUUCUGGGUCAAUUUCCAAGGUCAGCCGGACAAAUCAUGUGCUGCCACUUUCUCCAGAUCCUUUUGCCAGGGGAAGUGGCAACCAGACAGGCCCUAAUAGUUGUGGGGAAUGGGGAAUAUACUUCAAAUUGAAGGAGUUAUAAUAUCCAAUUUCAUUUUUUAGCAUAUUUUCUCUUGCUCAGGUCAUCUAUCAAUGAAACUUCGCAGAUUAUGCAUAUCCAUCCAUAAUUCUUCUGUUUCUUUCUUACUUUUUGGCUCUUAUAAUAGGAAGCAACCCUUGCACAGGAUUCAGUUAAUCAUUUCACCAACAGCCGUGGGAGUUGGAGCCCAUUUCCUGACUGCACUUCAGUGAACAGGAAAUACUAUGGGAUUAGAUUUGGAGAGCCUGGAAAUCACCAGAGCCAUCUCCCAUUAAAGGGCACUAAAAGGCUGCAGUUGGAUGUGGAUGAUUAUCUCAAGGCUAAAAGCAGUGAAGAUUUACUUUAUGAAACAUGGAGCCAAGGACAGAAUUUGUUCAGGUGGUCUUUUGCUUGUAAUAAGAUGUUCCCCUGGCAACAAUCUCCUUCUUUGAGGUGUGUUGCUGUGUAUAAUUCAAACUUUUUCUCCUCCAAUGAAAUAAUAGACACUAU